ACCUUUCCAAUCCGACACCAUCAACAAUUGUAGAGAUACCGACAUCCAAUCCGAUUCGUCGGCACAACCGAGUACGAGACCAGACCGCACACCGUACCUUUCUUUGGUUGUACAUAUCUCGACCAUACCUCAACCAUAAUACCCAUCUGUACCUGAAGUCCACCACUGUGUCGCUUUAUAUCGCGCAUCUCCAGUGUUGUAGUGGUCGACCUCGGACGUCAUGGUCCAACCCUCUGCCGCCGCCAACACGGCCGCCGGCGCAUCCUCAUCCUCAUCACGGCCGCAGACUCCUCGAACUCCUCGAACCCCUCGCGCUCCCCGACCACAGCGAACCACGUCUUCCGGGUCAUUCCACGCUGGCGCUCCGUUUCCCCAGUUCAACAGCCCCUUCAAUGACCACGGUCGAAGAACCUCGGUGGCCACGAUACGUCCCAUCCGCCGACAGUCCACCCACAAAUACCACACCUUCCCAACACAACCACCCAAGACGCCCUCCUCACCACCGCGAAACGACCCGUGGAGUGCAUAUGCCCAACAACGACGCGACGGCGAGCAUGGCCAUGACGAUGGAAGCAUAUCGGAGACAUCACAAGGCGAAGGCGACGCUGUCACACCGCUACCAUGGAAACAGCUGGGCCUCCUGGCGCUGUUGUCCCUAGCCGAACAGACAGCCCUCAACUCCAUCGGUCCAUACCUUCCCACCAUGGUGGCAUCUUUUGACGAGAUUCCUGAUGGCGACGAGGGACUGUAUGUGGGUCUUUUGGCCUCGGCCUUUGCUCUCGCGCAGUUGGUGACCAACCUGUUCUGGGGCUACCUCUCGGAUCGCAUCGGUCGUAAACCUGUCAUGCUUACAGGCUCCCUUCUACUGAUGGGCUGCUUCGUGUGCUUCGGCUUCUGCAAGACAUAUGUCCAGCUCAUCAUGGUUCAUGUUGCCAUGGGAUUGCUCAAUGGAAAUGCGGCCGUGGUGCCAACAGCCCUGGGAGAAGUCACGGAUCGCACAAACCAGACUAGAGCCUUCACCUGGCUGCCUAUCAUUUACAGCCUUGGUAGCAUCACCGGUCCUGCUCUCGGUGGUCUGCUGGUUGGUACCGUCGGGGCCGACAAGUACCCGUUCCUUGGCCCCAACCUCAUGAGCGCCGGAUUCCUGUUCGUUGCCGUCCUUGUUCUCGCCAUCUGGUUCCGGGAGACAUUGGAGAAGGAUGAGGAGGAAGACGCCAGCGACUAUACUACCAUGUUCAAAAAGGCUCGUACCCUUCUCGCCGGCUGUCUGGGCCGAAACAACAAGUCCAAUCACCGGAAUGACGAAAGCGACGCUCUCCUCGGCGAGCAUGGAGAUGCCACAAGCGCCAAAGACAUCGCCUCGGACCAAAAGUCUGCUUUCCGCCAACUUGCCAACCGUACCACCUUGAUCCUGCUUUGCACCUAUCUUGUCUUCCAACUGACCAACAUCUCCUACAACUCGCUCUACCCCAUCUUCGCCUCGGCGCCCCCGCCCAACGGCCGUAACCUGGGACCCAGCACCAUUGGACUCAGCUUGUCUCUGGCAGGAUUGGCUACCAUUGCAUUUCAGGCUUUCGUCUUCCAACCGCUCAAGGCGCGCGCGGGCAACAUGGGUACUUACAGAUACUCCCUUCUGGGAAUGGCCAUAUCUAUGGCGCUCAUGCCUUGGAUCGGCUACAAGGACCAGAAAGACACUUGGUUCGGGAUUGGGUCCGGCAAAGCUUGGCUGUACAGCGAGUUGGGUGUCAUUUUGUUGCUCAAGAACAUUUGCGCUGUUGGUGGCUUGAGCAGUGUGAUGCUUCUGAUCACAAAUUCUGCCCCUUCCCACGAAUCCCUCGGCACACUGAAUGGCAUUGCCCAAACACUUUCCGCUGCUGGUCGUAGCGUCGGUCCCUUCAUCUCCGGCGGGCUUUUUACCCUGACAAAUCAUGUCCAACCAAAGGGAGAGGCGAUUGCCUGGGGCGUAUUUGCCGGUGUCGCCCUUCUUGGGUGGUUUGGCACCUUGAUGAUUCGAGGACGUGAGUUGGAGAGCGCCGACUGGCAAGGCGAUGAGGAGGAUGAGGGUCACGACGAGGAGGCCGCCCAUGAUUCGGACCGGUGAUCAGUGACUUACUAUCGUAUGAUGGACCCAGCACAAAAUAAUACAUAAUGUCCCUUCUUU